AUGGGAAGUGAUUCUGGCUCUCUGCUCCUGUCCCAGGGCACGGUCAGAGGUUGCAAAUACAAAACCAUACCAUUCCCCCCUUUUUUUCAGAGGACUCCAGUUUCCCAUAAAGUUAUCGAAAAGCGGAGGAGGGACCGGAUCAAUCGCUGCCUGAAUGAGCUGGGCAAGACGGUGCCCAUGGCCCUAGCGAAACAGAGCUCCGGGAAGCUGGAGAAAGCGGAGAUUUUGGAGAUGACUGUACAGUAUUUGAGAGCCUUGCACUCCGCUGACUUCCCCAGGGGAAGAGAGAAAGCAGAACUUUUAGCGGAAUUCGCUAACUACUUCCAUUACGGUUACCACGAGUGCAUGAAGAACUUGGUGCAUUAUCUGACCACAGUGGAGAGAAUGGAGACCAAAGAUACCAAGUACGCGCGAAUCCUCGCUUUCUUGCAGUCCAAAGCGCGGCUGGUCACCGAGCCCGUGUUCCCUUCUCUAGGCUCCCUCUCGGAGCCAGACUUCUCCUACCAACUUCACCCGGCCGGCCCGGAGUACCCCGGACACAGUUCGGGGGAAGCCGCGGUCUUCCACCAGGGGCCAACCCACGGCCCCUUCCCCUGGCCCCACGGGCCUGCUCGCAGCCCCACCCUGCCUUACCUGCCUAACACCCCGGUGCCCAUCUCCAACCCGGCUCAACAGCACAGUCCCUUCCUGGCUCCAGUGCAGGGGCUAGAUCGGCAUUAUCUCAACUUGAUCGGCCACUCCCACCCUAACGCCUUGAACCUGCACACGCCUCAACACGCUCCGGUGCUAUAACACACAGGUUAUAACACACGCCUCAGUGCCCCGGUGCCCCAGCGAAUUCAUUCGCUGCCUCGUGCACCGUUAGGAGAAACCUUGCAUAUUAUAAACAUGUAAAUAGAUUGCACAGAAUCAGAAGGGACCGGAGAAGAAGAAUUGUUUGUCCUUUGAAAGUUUCCUACAUCCCCACUCUCCCUAAAAAAAAGAAUUUCUGAGAAAGACGUUCUGGGAGAAGGCUUUCCGCUUUGUUACCUUCUGCACCCGUUCCUUGAACCUGCCCGGAGGUAAUGGUGAGCCGGCCUUGGUCGGAAAGAAGGUGAAGCUGUAGGGGGUGGGGUGGGGUAGACUGGCGCGGCUGCCCCUGGGCUUCAAGGAGGGGACGUCCAAGUGCUCGGGCUUGGAGAGGUCAGAAAUUGGAAAGGAUGCUAUUUGGGCUAGGGAGGAGGAUGAAGGAGUCAGCUAUUCAUCCUUCCUCCGCCAGCGGAUGCGGGCUGACAGCCACUCGCGGCUCCUCCCCUCCGGAAGGCGGGUCUGGGUAGGGAAAUCCCUCUGCCAGCUGCGCACCAGUAGAGCUCACGCGCUCGUUCACGCGCUCUGCGCAUUGGUCUGGGCAAAGGACGCAAAAGGGAGGCGAGCAGGACAGCAACGCACCCAGGGGACCCCAAGCCACCGAAGCUGCCCUUGAGACGACCGAUCAUGAGUUUAUCUAGAUUCAACCUCUUAAUCCACUCACCAUUUCCAUCCACUCACAAACUCGCACAGAACCCAGACCGCCAAAACAGUGCGCUCCUUCCGCAUCUUUUGGAUCCAGGAGGCACCAGACUCGCCUUGUUUCUUGCCUCUCCCGAGUCCCCAGAAAAUAACUUUUCAAAAAAAUAUAAAGUUCAAAGUAGGAUCCUCUGAAAACAAAAAUAAAAUCCUGUGAUGUUU